GUUGGUAUAGAGUGUGAAUACUUGAUUUAUUUUUUGGUGCUGUAGAGUCGGUAUGUAUCUAAAUUCUAAGAAUGAUAUUGGGGAGUUAAAAAUGACUGCCAAAAUAUUCGUGCUGAUGGUGAUUGCCUGCAGUGGGUUGUCCAAAGCCAUUCCAGACAACCGGAGUUUUCCGGAUCCAGUAUUUUCCCGAAUCGAUAAAGUUGAAUCUAUAGUAAUUGGAAAUCCAGCAAACAAUUCAUCGACAAACUGCCGUCUGCAUAUCGAUUAUCGAAACUACGUAGCGGCAUCCCUAAAGGAAGUCCUGCAAUUGGCUCAUCGCGGUAAGAGUGCGAUAAGAUUGAAUGUUUGGAUCGAAUCGUUUAAUAAUAAGACGAAGUUAACUUAUGUGCUACCACGGUUAACUUGGGCAAACGAAAUUGGUCGUACGCUAAUUUCGUUAAUCGCAGCAGCCGAAAAUGUUCCAUCGAUGCUUUUAUCCUCCUAUACAAGUACAUUAAAUGCUGGUCUCGUAACCCUGGAUAUAGUUGUCGCUGAAAUGACCGAAGGAUGCGUAUUACUUCCAGGAAAGAAUGCCUCUGACUUUGUUUUCAGCUUUCUACUCCACCAACUGUAUCCCCAUGACCGCGUCAAUGACGAUCAUUUUGAUUACAAAUUGUGCCUCUGGAACAAGAAAACGGCGUACUAUACUUGUUGCAGGUUACUAGGUCGCGUAAUCAUCUGUUCGGACUUUUCAUCAAUAACUGUGUUGGAUUAUCUUACCGGUGUUUUUGUUGUGGCCCUCAUUGCUUUCAUUUUGAUUGUUUUUCCUCAAAUGAUCAUGUAUAUAAGCUCCUUCCCCAAGGAACGCACGACAUACAAAAUUUCUGACAGCCCAAUGUCACUUUCAUCGAUUUUUCAACAAUAUUUAUUGAUGGCCAUGGCCCAGUGA